AAGUGCUUUUGAAUGCCGACUAAAAAUUCUUGUUCACAGCUUCCAGAAGCUACAAGGCCAAAGCUGCGAUGAGCUAAGUAAGUUUAGCAUUGCGAAUGGUACUUGUUGGAAAGAAAGUCUUGUAGCUAGAAGUUAUGUCGUCGUUUGGCCCUGCGUUGCCAGCUAGUAUGGACGAAAAGGAGGAAAAAUUCGAAAACGUUUCUGCUGUGAAAACUGUUGGGGCGAGCACACGUCAGGAGUAUGUCUCAGAUGAAGAAAGUGAAGACGACAGCUAUGGCCCAGCUCUACCACCAGGAUUGGCUGGAAACAGCGGCUCAUCUCCCAAUGUUGUUGGACCUAUGCUACCACCUCAUCUGAUGCAGAGCAACGCAAAUGCCGAAUCCGAAGAAAGUGACGCAGAUGCCGAAGAUGCAACUGCUGACGACGCCGGUGACAACACUGCUGGCGAAGAUAUCAAUGGCGAGGACGAUGCAGACAUUGCCAUUGGUCCAUUGCCGCCAUCCAUCGCCGGCGGUGCAACUGCAGACUACAGCUUGGAGCGGCGGGUUGAAGCGCGCGCGGAAAAGAUGCGCCAGAAGCUCGCUCCAAAGAAAGAGGAAUUGCAACGAGAAGAAUGGAUGACGGCGCUUCCGUCGAACAAAAAGUCGCUAGGUCUAGGUUUGACCAACCGGCAGUUCAAAGGCUCGUCAUCGUACGUCAAAAACGAAGAUAGGUCCGUUUGGACGGAUACACCGGCUGAUCGUGAGCGCAAGGCGCAGGAGGGACAAAGUGAGAAGGAGAAAAAGAAGAAGAAGUCAAAUCCAGACGCCAUUCCGGAGUCAGUUCGUCAGCGGAAUGAGGAGCUGCGUAAGCAGACGGAAGAGUAUAAUAGCAUUCAUCGCGGUCAAAGCCUAGUCACGAUGCACCAGAAGAAGCGCAAGGCCGAUCUUGAAAUGGGCAUUGGUCCGGGGAAAACUGUCCUCCAACCGUUUGACCCAGAGCGAGAUAUGAAGCCAGAAAUUACGCUGAGCGCAUCCGCCAGACAGAAGGUGAUUGCCAGCUCGAAAAAGCUCGACACCCGAUUUGAACGCAGCACCCAAGGCCACUACUUAUGAACUCUUGUUCUGCUCCAGUUAAAUGUGCUCGUAUAACGUGUUGGAUGGUGUGUGUUUCAUUUCAGAAUUUCAGCAUACUCUGCUACCUCCCUCAGACUUGGUUGUUACCCAUUAUUUUUAUUUGUAAGUAAUUCUAUACCUGAUUUCCUCUACAAGACAAGUAGAACAGAAUAAAUAAUUCGUUGUGACUCAGAGUUUCACGCAGAGUUUCACGCACGAGGCGAUCAUCAGACAGAGGCAGACAGCGUUUUUGAUUUCCUCUACACAUUGUGUGCAGUGAUCCACAGAGGGUGGUGGCGUCUCCCUACGGAUGCGGAAAACUAGCACGAACCGUGAUUUUUUUGUCCGCAGUGUCAUUCUGGAUGUGAUGCUGUUCUGCAGUGGGUUCACUGUCCUAUGACUACUAUCACAUGCACGUCGGGACGCACGCAAGCACAACACACACCCCAGACGUACUGUGAAAUUGCAUGAUUGUUCGUUCCAUAUAACUUUCAUUCCUUUUUUUUUUUUUUAAUUUGGAAGCUUUCAUGAGACCAAAAUUUAAUGUUUUCUAUUCCAGUGCCAGCAUGGUGUUAAAAAAGAGAGUUACUGGUGCUAAACACUGA